GGACAGGAGAGGAGGAGUGGGCGGGUUGGCCUCAGUACUAACAUAAGUGCUUGCCCCGGGCGGCUCUCACAGUAACAGGCUUAAGCCUGCCCUGCAGAAAUAUUCACCAUGGCAUCAGCACAAUCAGUCAUCACAUUUGCUGUUUGUAUUUUGCUGAUAUCAGAAAUAAUUCUGGCAAAAAAGACUUAUUAUGACAUUUUGGGAGUUCCAAAAAAUGCCUCCGAGCGACAGAUCAAAAAAGCUUUUCACAAACUUGCAAUGAAGUAUCACCCUGACAAGAAUAAAAGCCCUGAUGCUGAGGCAAAAUUUCGAGAAAUAGCUGAAGCUUAUGAGACGCUUUCAGAUGAAAGUAAACGGAAGGAGUAUGAUCAGUUCGGCCAUGAUGCCUUUGCAAAUGCUGGAAAAGGAAGCAGUGACCAACAUUUCCACAAACAUUUUAACUUCAACUUUGAUGAUUUAUUUAAAGACUUUGACUUUUUUGGUGAAACCCAAAGUAGUAGAUCGAAAAGGCACUUUCAAAACCAUUUCAGAAGCCAUCAAGAGGCUCAUAAUAGACAUAGACGGCACUUUGAGGACUUUUCGUUUGGAGGAGGACUGUUUAAUGACAUGUUUGAGGAUAUGGAAAAAAUGUUUACAUUCGGUGGUUUCGAUGGGGCUCGUAGAAAUCCUAUGAGGGCAGAAAGUGGAUUUCAUGGAUCCAGCAAGCACUGUAGGACUGUCACUCAACGGAGAGGAAACAUGGUUACAACAUAUACAGAUUGUUCAGGGCAGUAAAGGCGUCUAAUAUUGAGCACAGAUUGUAUACAGUGAGAUCAUAUCAACUGUUCAAGCAAAAGUCAACCCCCCCCCCCCAAAAAAAAAACCUUAAAUUAAAUGUAAUACUAAAUAGUGAAGCAAUCAUCAGAUUGGGGAAUCAUUGGUGUGUGUAAUCCGGAAAGCUAAUGAUACAAGUCUGAAUAGGGUGCUAAGAAUUUAAGUUGAAAAAUGUAUUUAUAUUGUAGGAUCCCCUUAAAAACUGUUGCAAACUAAACUAUUUAGGUCUAAAAAAAAAAAAAA